CCACUAUCACCGGAGUCGAUACUUAGCCCAGCAGCAGCAGCAACAGCACCAGCAAGCACAACAAGGACAGCAUUUGCAAGGCUCCGCCUCGCACCUAGGUUCGUCCGCGUUGGUGGUUGGUGGCGGAGGAGGACACAAAAGCUACGCACCUGCCUCGUUACCACUCGACCUAGGCAGCCACAUGGCGUCGUCGCUGGGCGGACUGGUGAUACCGGAUCACCAUGCGCCGGCCGCCAUGUCCGGUAGCUUUCUGGCGCACAACCUCUCCAUGCCACCGGGCGGUGGUGUAGUUGGGCCGGGCAGUAUUGGCGGUAUGCCGGUGGGAGGAGCGGUCGGCUACGCACCGUUUUCGGUGAACGAAGCGAUGCUGAUGGCGGCGGCAGCGGCCAGUAGCGGCGCCGGUGGCAGCGUUGGCCCACUCGGCAGUGGUAACAGCUUGGGCGUGAUCGGUGGUCCGAUUGGUGUCGGGUCGGUUUCUACGGUCGGACCUGCGUCACUCGUCGUCGGUGGAUCAGCAGCAGCCGUUAGUGUCGGUGUCGGUGUUAGCAGUCAUCAUCUCAUCGGCGGCACCGGAAGUAGCAUUAGCAACAGUAGUAGUAGUAGUAGUAGCACCAAUGGAGGAGGAGGAGGAGGCGCAGGACUAGCAGGGCCGUUAGGGAGUGGGACCGUUGGUGCGGGGUCCGGCUCGGCCAGCGGUGGUAGCAGUGUAGGUUCGGGCGGAAGCGGUAUAGUUAGCAGUAGUAGUGCGAAAGGACACGGUCGGGGGCCACCGGGCGCUCCGAGCGAUCGGGACGAAUCAUCACCUAUGGUUGGUGUUUGCGUGCAGCCGAGUCCAGUUAUCAUUCACUGACACUGAACACAGACAGACACAUAGCCCACAAGUGCAUACCUUUUUUAUGUUGUUGCUUGCAUAAACUUUGCAAAACAUACAUAGUAGGGAGGGGGAAAUCGAUGUAAGGAUACAAGGUACGUGCUCCCCCCCCCCCCCCCCCACUUUCCCUUUAACACAAACGUUUGCUUACCACAGGAUGCUAGUAGAGCGCAGCUGAAUCCGAAUCCGUUUACAUCGCGUAUCACCUUCACUCGACUCAAACCAUGCCACGUUCCAUCUUCAUACUCAUCAGCAUUUGCCACAGCAUGUAGACAGAUGGGAGGUUGUUCUUUUUUCUUCAACAGCACAAAUUACCACUUUGCAAACCACCGCCUGCCCUGCGUGGGCAGCGGUCCAAUCACGUCCAGGCGCGAAAUCAUCAUCAAACAAGCUUCAUCCAAUCAAUCCAUUGGUAGUGAGGAAACGGGUGCGCAAUUUUGUGCGACUGUGGUGCAAUGGGUCCGAUCCACCAAUACAAUACAGCGUCGUAGACUAGUGCGUUGCGGGAAGCUUUCGGGCCAUUUUCGGCCCAGUUUCCAGCCUCCCUCUGGGGUAGCUGCUGCUGUUCCUUUACUGGCUUUGCUUUGUCUCCCAACCGACGAAUGUAUGGGGUACGGCCGCGAAUUGAUGCCAAACACAGAUGAGCCAGGUUCAGCCAGCUGUGCGCCGCAAAUUUUUGUAGGACGGCGUAGAAGAAUGUAGACACGUGCAGGCAGCCAGGGGAGCGGAGGUGUUUCGUUUUAACACAGGCAAAGAAACGGCCAGGCGUUACACAAAUAAGAUAAACAGUUUUUUGCUAAUGGUACUGCCACGGUAACAAUCGGUUUUGGAGCAACAUGCGACAAUGUACACAUACAUCCUUGUAGGGAGGGACAGAUGCUAACAUCUGCUCGUUUUUUUAAGCGCUUAAACCAUGUGUGGUUAGGGAGAGAGCGAGCGAGAGAGAGAGAGAGAGAGAGAGAGAGAGAAAGAUAGAGAACGCGGUCUCUUGUGCGGUCGUUCGUUUGCGGCGUGAUGAUGCCCGCGCCAAACAGUCCAAAACGGUAAUGAUGUGUUCCGAAAGGUUUAAUGAAUUCCUAUUACUACCAAUCUCUGUGUUCUCCGGCAGGAAGUGAGCAGGAAGCUGUGCGUAUGUGUUUGUGUGUGUGCGUGUGUGUGUGUGUGUGUGUGUGUGUGCGUAUGCGUGUGUGUAUGUAUGUGGUAUGCAAUUUUCCGUGGGUUGAGGGGGAAACCGAAACUAGUGACAUAAGAUCGUGAAAGGUUUUAAUGAUGAUGAUGAUGAUGAUGAUGAUGGCGCAACAUGCAUGCUCCGCUCGUAAACAGCAACGGUGUACCGGUGUGUGAACUCGGCAUUCUCGCGUAGUUGUGUGCAUUUUUGUCUCACCACUGCUACACUGCAGAUUCAUUUCGAUUUCAAACCCUUAUUGGGCUUCGGAAAGAGCAGCAUACUAUUAUUUUAUCUGUAGAUCAGAAUUGUUUUACUUAUUCACGGCCACGGACGGAGCGAACCGCUUAGUAGCAUAAUUGAAAUAUUUUACGGAAUUGUGAAUAGUAUACGGUUCGGUUGUAGGGACUGCUACCCGAGCUGCAAGCGUGCAGCACUAACGGGCCUAGCUGCUUGUCCAUAUUGGGCUUCAGCGGUGUGGUUUUGUGAAGGAAAGUUAUUUUUUAGUGAGAAUGUUGGUCCUGACAUUCAUUUAGAAUGAAGCUUACAUUUGAAUGUGGCUUAAACACGAUGGAAUUGGUUUGAUGAAUAAAACAUUUUGCACCGGUAUACUAAUUCCCGGUGGGUGUGGAUCGAAUGGGAAUAUGAACUGUGAACUUCACGGCGAACCUGUUGCCUGUGCUACUCUGGAAGGGCGCACAGAAAUCUUAACAAAUGUUUUUUUUCCAUCUCGUCUUAUCUUUCGAUCGAGAGCUUGGAUGUGUUGCCAUGGUUCGUCAAAAUAAAACUCGUCGUAAUUCCGACUGGAUGAAUGCUAACCGAUCCCGGUGACUACCGGUUGUCGUCUGUUGUGAGCGGCUGGGCAGUGUGAUGCGGACGGGGGCUGUUUAGUAAAAGUGGGUGGGCUUAGGACAAGUAAGCAGCGUAAGGUUAGAAAAUUGGGAAACUUUAAAAUACGUUUAUGGGCGGAUAGUUUUUGUCACGAUGUUUUUUUCUUCUUCUUCUUCCUGUUUCCCUGCGGCGAUCAUACAUUGAUAAUGGAAGGGAACGCGCGUUAGAAAUCAUAUGAAAAAGGAAGGGGAACUGCAAAAACAGAGCCGGCGGAAGGCAAAAAGUCUGUUUUUUUUUGCACGCACGGAAGGGUUUGUUGGCAUCGGUGGCGGAAAGGCGGAUGAAGCAAAUGCACGAACUCGGUGUAAAGCAUGAGAGGAACAUGAAUGUACAUAUUAACUGAUUAGCACUAAUGAUAAAUAUCAAUAAUUAAUAUAGUAAUAUUAUUAAACGAAGAAGCAGAACACGGCAACAAAACAAGGAAACCAACACAAAAAAAAAACACAAAACACGGAUUGUAAAUGAAUGGCGUGUGCGGAAUAAGUCAAAACAUGGACGGUUAGAUUUGCAAUUUGCUAAGCUGCAGCAGCUGCACCGGCAAAUCGGGAAGGUUAAUAGGGAUGAUAUGUACCGAAAUCCAACACACACACACACACACACACACACACAUACAAACAAACAUAUACAUACAUACGCAUACGUUUAAGUAAGAAAAUGGUGAAAAGAAACAAAAAAAAAAAAGAAUUACUAUACCGUAAGUGAAAAGAAAUAGAUCAAAUAACUAAAGAAAGUAAAUUAAUUAAAUUAAUUAUACUAAAACAAACGGAAAGGAAAGGAAGAAAGACAACAGCACGAGAUAGCAAAAGGGAGGAGAAGGCAAAGCAACAAAAAAACACACACACACACACCCGUAAAUGCAAACCAACACAGCAUGGCGCAAUGCGGAGGAAAUAAAUGUGCAAAACGAACGAAGAAGGUCGAAAAGUAAUAAGAAAUAAAAAAAGAAAGAAGCAAAUUGGCACCUAUUUUGGAAAGGUGGGUCGAAAAAAAAAGCUAGACAAAAAGAGAAGACAAAAUGGCAACACACCACGUACACAGGCACGGAGAUACACAACCAGCUACCAAGAGACACAUAUGUAGAAGAGAACACAACAAAAUACACGGUAUAGUGUGCAAAAGAAAUGGUGGUAAAGAAUAGAAAGUAAAGCUUAGUGUGCCGAACCACAAACGCUAAUGAACAAUGUGGAAGAGAAAGAAGAAAACAUUACAAUACACACAUACACACACACACACAUACCAGCGGCCGAUGAGAACAAAACAACAAUGGGCAACAGAAUGUUUGCAACGGGGGAAAAAGAUCAACAGGAAGUAGUAGCAGUUGUGUUAUCUCACUCCGCCCCUCCCCCCCCCCCUUUUCUUCCCUCUCCCUUUUCCGAAUCUAUAUUCUGGUGUACGAGCAGCGUGUUUGUAUGGCGGUUGUGCAGUGUGUGUGUGUGUGUGUGUGUGUAUCAUUUUUUAUAAGCUAUGAUAAAUAUAGCGCUUUACUCUGUACCCUCUGUGUAAAGAAAAUGCAAUCUACCCUAACAAAAAAAAACAAAAAUCCUUAUAAUAGUGGAAUGCUAAAGGAAACAGCUAACAAAAGAGGGAGAGAGAGACAAAGCAAACAGACAAGCAUUGGAAAUAAGAUACAUUGCGUGUGAAACUAACAAGACCCAAUUGGCAGCGAAAGCAGAGCGUGAACAGUGAGUUCGAAAAAGAGAGACAGAGAGAAAGAAAGAGAGAGAGAGAAAAUAGAACAUGAUUACUAAAGAUACAAAACAAAGCAAAUUCACCAAUUUUCGCCUGGCGAUAAUCCGAAUCAUUUGCGUUUCGUUCGGUCUUUCUCUUCGGUUCGGUUCGAUUUUGCCGUUUUGCGUACUAAAAACGAGAGUAAGAGAGAGAGAGAGAGAGCGAAACACGUGGACGCAGCCGCCGCGUUGUGUGGGUUUCGCGAUUCGCUUCGAAUAUGGUGGCUCUGUUUCCGUGUCGUUUCCAUGUGUCGGCUGGCUAUUAUGUGUGCUGCUGUACUGUUACAUGCACCGCGUGCACAAUUGUGUGCUGCAAUGGAAAGAAACGUGUCGGCUGAAUAGAAGACACAGUUGGCGUCCAGGAUUUCUUCAGGAACAACAAACACAGCUGGUAGAGAAAGCAUCUUGCGCGUUGCAACAUUCUUAAAACUAACCGUAACAUUUCUACGCAAAAGACCACGCGCGGUGGAGAUGAUGCGCGCAUCUCAUCGCAGAUCCAUUUGCGCGCGCGCAUAACAGCGAUGCGCGUCGUAGUAGCGAUGAAAGUGGACGCAUUUUGGGUAUGUUUUUGGGGGGGAGAAAGCAUUGCACAGUGAGGUACGUUUGAGCGCGUUGGCGAAUGAUCAUGUCAGAAUUAUAGCUUCCUUUCCUUUUAUUUUUUUUAUACAAAACCGUUUGUAAAACAAAAGAAAACAAAAAUUGCCACCGGAGAAAGUCAUUGGAAAUAUAAAACGUGCAAAAGAGAACGGUUGACUGCUUAAGGUUAGAAAGAAAUUAACACAAAAACACAAAAAAACACACACACACACACACACACACACACAAACACACUUACGUACACGUAAAUGAAAAAUCCCAAAUGAAAAUGAUAACUGCCGGCACACGAUGUAUGCAAGUAACUAGAUAAAUCAGUCGCGAAUUAAGCAAAGUAUAACAUUACCUGGUGUUGUAACAUGUACAGAGACGAGCAGCAGCGUGGGGUUGCACGGUGUAAAGUAAGUGAUGGAGGAUGGAGGGAGGGGGGGGGGGGGCGCAACGUGUAAGAUCAGCAUAAAAUACAGUAAAUUCAAUAGCAUAGCGAUUGUGAGUCUGGUGGCAGAAGGGUGAAGAAGGGGUCUUCUCCCGAGGCACGGGCGCGAUUUGCGGGCCGCAAGAUGCGUAAAUUAUUAUUAUUAUAUUUAUAUUCUAUACAAACUCAUUGCAACAUAAUACACAUACAUACAUACAUACAUACGGACGACACGGCGGGAGGACAGCAAGGAAGCAGGGUGGACUUCUUUCCGAUACAGAAGAAUGCCCAAUUCCUUACGAAGCGAACAAAACUUAGCCUUUGCCAGAAGAAAAGUAUCCCCCGGCGUGUGAAGGAGGAGCUGGACAAAGGGAGAGUGUAGAAGGUACAAACUAGCUGCUCGGUGGUACAAGAUAAAUGGAUUAUGAUUUGAUACUGAACACGAAUGCAGACCGGAUGGCGCUUGUACAGUUUUGAGCGAUCCACGAAUGGGGUAAGGCGUUAGUCAAUGGGAGGACCACGUUGGGUGGCGCGCGCGGAGUUGAAGGAUGGAAGCUAAAUUAAUAAUCUUAAAAAGAAAGCAACACGGAUUGUGCGUGCAUGCGUGCGUGCGUGCGCGUGUGUGUGUUUGUGUGGCGGAGAGCACGUGCGCAUAUCCGCGGACGCGUAGCAAUAAUUGGGAAGCGAAUUACGGGAUUAGGAAACGAUAAUGAAACGAGAGGAUCUGGUCCGGUGGAGAGGAGGAGAGGGGCCUCGGAUGGUGGUUUUUUGUGCUAAAAUGAAAAAAAGAAAAUAAGACAAAACAAUACAAGAUGAUUGGGUAACACAAGUGGUGAAAUACAUGGAAGCGAAUCAGUCAUAUAGAAAUAGAAUGUUUAGCGUAAUUUAAGCCGUAAUAUGCCCUUCGCCAGUGAACACGCGGCAUGGAGGGAAGCUGACAAGAGCCGGGUAGCGCAAAUGCAAACAACGGAACAACAGAAAAAAGAAGGAAGAAAAGGAGGGCGAAUGAUCUUUUCCAGCAGUAGAACAUGGCAGCGUGUAAGCAAUGUAAAAUUCGGCGAUGAGUUGAGUUUCUGCUGCAGCAGAAGAAAGUAGAAUUACCUUCAACCCCCACUGAAAGCACGUGAGAUCACGUGGAUUGCAUGAAAAGAGAGAAAGCAAAAGUGUUAAGCACGGUAACGCAUAACAAAUAAGUGAGAAACAAAUGAGCCGAAGAAAGAAGGGCGUUAAAACAUGAUAAGAAAAACGGAAAGAAACAAAAAUAAUCAUGAAACCCCAAACAGAAGAGGAACGUAAAAAAUCUAACCUGUGUGCGUGUGUGCGCUGGAGCAUGUAUGAACCUGUGGAAGCGGAAAACGAGAAAAGAAGUAAAAACAAUGGCAAAAAGAAAUUUUGAAAAAUA